AUUGAGAACAGUUUUAUCCCUUCUUUAAAGUUACGAUGUAAAACAGGAGAUAAGAUAUUACCUCAAGAUUUUAGUUUCAGUACAAUUCUUAAGUAAAUCACAGCAAGGCUGAGGCUUCACUAAAAAGAUGUCGUUAUCAACUAUGGACCUUUAUUGUGGGAACGGACACAGUAAUAAGAGCGAACUGAAACAACACUACAAAGCUCAAGAACUCGCGACAGACAAGGAGAGCGCGGCGCGAGAAAAGCACCUCCAUCUUCAAGAGCUACUGCUGGCGCUGUUCCAAGACAUUCGCCACUACGAGCGCGACGAGUUGGCCGCGCAGCGAGAAAAGGCCAAGAUCCAGCACGAGACAGAAGUAGAGAGGAUGAAACACCGUGAGAAACUCCUGCUCGCGGAGAAGGAAAACGAGAAGCUGAGAAUGGAGCUGGAAAUGGAGAGGCUGAGGACGGAAAGAGCCAACAAGAAAUCAAGUGUCUGUGUUAUCUUGUGAAAUAGGAGAUGCCCGUCGUGUGGGACUUGAUUUUGACUUAUAAGGAAAUAUAUUAUCGAAACAUAAGGUGUGCCAUUCACUAACAUAGAACGUGUUUCCGCUAAAACUUAAAUACCGCUUACUCUUAACUUGUGUAAAUAUAUGAGCCUUGUUCUGAGAAAACUGAGCUUAAUGCAUGUGCGUAAAGUGUCAUCCCAGAUUAGCCGGUGCAGUACGCACAGGCUAAUCAGGGACGACACUUUCCGCCUAAACGUGAUUUUCGUUAAGGAGGGACUUCCUUGAAAUUAAAAAUACCAUAAACGCGGAAAGUGUCGUUCCUGAUUAGCCUGUGCGUACUGCACAGGCUAAUCUGGGACGACACUUUACGCACAUGAAUUAUGUCCAGUUUUCUCAGAACACGACUUAAUUAUAUUCUCUUUCUGUUGUUCUAUUCUUUGUUGGGUUGCUGUUGUUUAUCUUGCAAUAAAGCGAUAAAAAAACCCUCG